GACCACACAACGACGGAUGUCUAACUCGAAGUAGUGUCCAGUAUUGUUGUUUUUGGAAUAGGGUUGUGAGCAUUGGAUUUGAUGAACCAACUGGGUCGACGAAAACAUGAUGAUGGGUAUAUCAUGCUGCAGCCUCAGUAAACAUUAAAACCCAAGCAUGGAGGGGCCGGGGUGCAAACAAAGUAGCUCUGGAUGUGUAUACUUCAUAUCCUCUGCCCAGAUAGCUCUUCUUUAUCCUUCAUCUCUUCAUCACAUCAUCUCUUUUCCCGAUCGAAUUCCUUGCAUCGCCCACCAUUCCUUCUUCCUUUUUCUCAACCGGCACCUCAAUCGACCUUCUUUUCUCGUCCACACCCCAUGCGCCCAAACGAGAGGGACGAGAAACUCUAGGGGCCAGAAUCACCAAUCAAGGGCACCCAAAAACGAUGAGCACAAGGAUUGUCCUCGCCAUACAGAGGGCCAUCCGCCCAACAGAUUAACGACACGCGAGCUGGGGGGAAAGAGGGUGGUCUCGUUGUUCUAUGGGUCGGAUGUCGUUCUGUUCGAUACCAUCAUGACCUACCGACUCGGCAACCCCGACAAGCGUGUCGAGGAUGCGAUUGAUGCCUUCAGUACGUUUCCUACCGAAAAAUGCAUACUAGUGUUCCUGAACGGGAGAGAAACCUGACAAAUCUCAAGGGUGAAACUAACACCUGUUAUUCUUACGUUUUUUUCCCUCUAUUCGCACGGUUCUUCUGGUUUGUCCGCUGGUUAAACAGGUGUCAGACGUGCCUCCCGCCGUCGGUCUUGGACCAAGUCUUUCGGAC